AAACUUGGAGCAGAACACAAGCUUCCUGAAAGUGAAAUAACUGGAAUACAUUCAAGAUAUUGGUGUUCAUCUGUCUAUCCAGUGCAGAGUAGAAAACAAUUAAGUACUUUGGCAGCAUGGACACCUACUGAGUUUUAUCUUGGAUAUAAUGAAACAUUUAAUAAAAUUUGAGAUACAGAAAACUUAGUGAAGUUCUUCAAUUUUCCAAACGCUGCUUCUUUAUCUAUAAAGGCUGUUAGCCAUGACUCAAUCCCAUCUGAAUUGCUGAUCUGUAGUUGCUGCAGCUCCUCCAGACUUUUUUUUCUGGCACUUUAUAAUGAAGACACACAAUUUUGGGGCUUAAGAAAUUUUUACUUACCUGUUCCUCACAGUUCUGUUAUGAGGAUGAUAUACAUAAAUGCAGCAUUAUCAUCUGGGCUGCUGGGGGAUGACGUGAGCUUUACUACACCUACAAAAACAACAUAGAUAAUGGAUAUUUUCAAGUAUCUGGAUCAAACCUUUCUCUAUCAGAAAUGUCUCAGGGGAGCACUAUUCAUCAGAUUAUUCUUGGUAUCUUACUUUUAUGUUGGCUGCCCUCCAGGAAAGCAUAUUGUUGUUGAGAGAUAAGAUGGCAAUUCAUAUGUUAUAAAUGUUGAAGCAAAUUUUAUAUUAUGGGAGAUGAAAGGCAAAACUGACUAUGGGUACAGUUCAUUCAUGAAAGCAAAUUACAGAUCCUGUUUUGCAUCUCAUCAGAACAGUACAAAGGAAGGACUGCAUGAGCAGUAUCAGAUUUUAAACAGCACUUCAAACAAUUACAUUGUUUGGGCUACUAGUCAUAGUGCCAUUUAUGUGUUCAGAGUGAGGAUAUUAGAUCAAAACUACAGGUUAAUGUCUUUUUUUUAA